ACCCCUCCCCCCGUCCCUGCGCCGGGCACCCCGCGCCCACUCAAAGAGGCCAGUCGCUUCCGUCUCGUAGUCGCUGCUGCUGCUGCUGUUGUUGCUGCGUGGCCAUGAGCUACGCUGAUGCCCCCGAUGGCCUUGCCAGCGCCCUGGGGAUGGAGGCGAGUGAGGAGGACGCGACCCCCCUCAGGGAGCAGACGCUGAGGCUGGAGGAGAAGAAGCGCAUCAUGGCGCUUAUGGCGCGGGAUGCGCCGCUGCUCUCUCACUGGGAGUCGUGGCGCAGGAGCAUGAGCACCCGAAUGCGCAGGUCGCGAGCCGGGGCCCACGGGGCCCUCAAGAGCACGGCCCUGUGGAGCGGCAGCCUCAAGGAGAUCGCAGGUCGCUUCGGAUCGGCCAUCCAGUCCUACUUCUCGUUCAUGCGCUUCCUCGUGCUGCUCAACGUCUGCCUCUUCCUCAUCAUGUUCUCCUUCGUGGUCAUCCCCACCAUCGUGAACGAACACCUCGGGGUGGCCACCACGCCUGCCCCCGUGGCCAUCACGCCUGCCCCCGUGGCCACCACGCCUGCCCCCACGGCCACCAGCUCAACAAGCAACAGUAAAUGCUUGGUGGACAAUCUCCCGCUGCGCCCUCUCGGCUACUUCUACGAAUAUGUGCUUGAUGCACUAUCAGGCACGGGUUUCCUGGAGAAGACGUACCUCUUCUACGGGUUCUACCCGAGCACGACGGUGGGGUCGCUGAAAUGGGCCUACUCGCUGCCCCUCGCCUACCUCCUCUCCAGCAUCGCCGUGCUGUUCGUGUCGCUGCUCUGGGUCGUCAGGCGCUCCGCGCAGGGCUGGAAGCUUGGCGCAUUGCAGAGCGAGGCGAGCGGGCUGCACUACUCACCGCAGGUCUUCUCCGGGUGGGACCACAGCCUGCGAGACGCCAACUCGGCUAUGCUCAAGCACAGCAGCCUGGCCUACCAGCUGCUGACGGACCUGGGCGAGGAGCGUUCCCGCAAGAGGAUCGCCGAGCGCACGCGCGCACAGAAGGCGCGCGUGUACGUGGUGCGCGUGCUGCUCAACGUGCUGGUGCUGGCACUGCUCGGGGCAGGCUUCUACUGCAUCUACUGGGCGACCACCUACUCGCAGGGCUACAAAGCGGGAGAUCUGAACGCCGGGAGCGUCCAGGGUGGUGUGGACUUCUUGGUGCAGUACCUCCCGUCCAUCGUCAUCACGCUCGCCAACUUCCUGCUGCCGCUCAUCUUUGGGAUGACUAUCGUUUGGGAGGACUACUCCCCCGGUUUCGAGAUUCGGCUCUCACUGCUCCGGUACGUGAGUCUGCGUCUGGCAAGCGUGGCCGUGCUGCUCGUGACGCUCUGGUCUCGGAUCACGUGCAACAACAACAACAGCAUCAGCAUCACCAGCAACAGCAGCAUCAGUGACUGCCAGCAGUGUGGGUACAACAUAAACUACCCGUGCUGGGAAACGCGCGUGGGACAGGAGAUGUACAAACUCACCAUCUUCGACCUGAUCACCUCCCUCGUCAGCGUCCUACUCGUGGAGUUCCCGCGCAAGAUGAUCGUGACGCACUGCGGGUGCGGGCUGGCGCGCUGGAUGGGCGAGCAGGAGUUCUCCAUCCCCGACCAGGUGCUGCACAUCGUGUACGGCCAGACCGUGUGCUGGGUGGGCACCAUCUACUGCCCGCUGCUGCCCUUGCUCGCAGCCAUCAAGUACACCAUCUUCUUCUACAGCAAGAAGCUGUCGCUGAUGCUGAACUGCCGGCCAGCAACGCGCCCGUACCGCGCCUCCAGCUCCAUGUUCUUCUUCUUCAUCGUGCUGCUGCUCGGGCUCCUGCUCUCCUGGGUGCCGGCCAUCUACACCAUCGGCGGCAUCCGCCCGUCGCAGGCGUGCGGACCGUUCACAGGCCAGCGGCUGCCCUGGGCGGUGUUGGUGACAGCAGUGCAGGCCCUGCCACACUGGCUCGACUCCAUCCUCGAGUUCUUUGCCUCGCUGCUCUUCGCAAUCAUCCUGGUCGUGCUCUCCAGCCUCUUCCUGUUCUACAUGACCACGCUUAACAAUGCGCACGCGCGCGUCAUCAAUCAACUAAGAGACGAGCUGGCCAUGGUGGGCCGUGACCGGGCCUUCCUGGCCAAGCAGGUGAAGGCCACUUCCAAGGGCGGCGAGGCCGGGCGGCACCGCGUGGCACGCGGUCGCACCUCCUGCCUGGGCGGUGUGAUUAACCUGGCGUACCAGCGCCACGGCGACGAGGGGGGUCCGCCGCAGGGGGCCCGCUUGGGGACGGGGCCCGCGAGGGACGUCGUGGGGCGGGCGGGGGUCCAGCACGGGGAAGGGGACACACCGCUACCCGGGACCCCGGUCCCCAGCGAGACCCCGUACUAGACUCAGUUGCGCGGCAGGCCCGCGGUCCGUAAAUAUAACUAUAAAUUUCUCUCACGAAUGUUUACUCGCAAAAUGAAAUGUAGCCGAUUAGAAGACUGUGAAAUCGUUGUUGAUUACUGCGCACCCACAACUAAAGCACCUGCAGAGUGAUCGUGACUUGUAGCAAUAUGCGCCAUGAUGCAUUGGCCGGGACCGUGGCUCCUGUGACACUCCUAAUAAAGGCAGUUGUUGCAUAUACCUCGCUGCACGGCUACU